UUCCCCCUCAUCCCUUCUCCUGUUACCCCCUCCACCUCCCCCACUAGUCACUCCUCCAAAAGGGUAAGGUCUCCCAUGGGGAGUCAACAACUGACAACCAUCUGUCCAGGUCAUCUGCCCAGCUUUUUCGUGGGCUCUGGGAUCUGAACUUUGAUCCAUAUGCUUAUACAAUAAUUCAAAAAUGGCAGAACUUUUCAUGGAAUGUGAAGAAGAAGAGUUGGAACCAUGGCAGCAGAAAGUAGAAGAAGUUCAAAAUAAAGAUGAUGAUGAUGAGUUGAUCUUUGUUGGAGAGAUAUCAAGUUCUAAACCAGCCAUUUCAAAUAUUUUGAACAGAUGUAGCCCUGGCUCAUCUUCAAAGGGACUAAAGAAUGACUCACUCAAUCCAGCUAUUUCAAAUAUAUUCAAGCCUGCAAAUCGACACUAUAGAAAUCCAUCACCUAAUCCAGUGGCUGCUUUGCCUAGAUUUCAUCCUGAAUCCAAAUCUUCAGAGAGUUCUGGUAUUCAGACUGUGUCUAAACCUAGUUUUUCAAAGACUUCAUCACAAGAUGAUCCAGGUGCUUCUUCUGUCUUACAGUUAGACUCAACCAAGGAUACACCACCCUCCAGCAUACUGAAAAAGAGUACAGAAGGUAUCGAUCAAGCUUCAUUAGGAUUAAAACAUCCUUCUACUUCCAAAGUAAACAGUGUUAAUCCAAAAAAGCCAAAGACCAAUACAAGUGUUUCUGAAGCAAGUCCUUCCUCUCCAUCAUCUUCAAGCAAUUCUCCUUCAGAGGCUUCCUCCCAGCUUACAGUAGCAAAUGAAAAUACCUCAUCAAUUCAGUCUGAAACUGGAGCCCCUUCACUAAGAUCUUGCCCAAAGUGCAGUGUGAAGUUCAGUUGUUUGGAUCCUCUGAAAUGCCACAUGAAGCAUUGCUGCCCAGACAUGAUAAAUAAUCUUCUGGAGACUCUUAAGUCAGAACAUUCAAGGGCUGAAAACAAAGCUAACAUUGACUCGGAUAAAGAAAAAUUGAUCAUGCUAGUUAGUGAUUUUUAUUACGGAAGACAUGAAGGAGCUAUUGGGGAAGACCUGAAGACUCACACAACUUUUAAAUGCUUCAGUUGCUCCAAAGUUCUUAAAAAUAAUAUUAGGUUCAUGAACCACAUGAAACACCACUUGGAACAUGAAAAACAGAACAGUGAGUCCUGGGAAAGCCAUACUACAUGCCAGCACUGCUACAGGCAGUAUCCCAACCCAUUCCAGCUACAGUGCCACAUUGAGAGUACGCACACUCCUCAUGAUUUUUCUACUAUUUGCAAAAUCUGUGAAUUGUCAUUUGAAACAGAGCAUAUGCUUUUACAACAUAUGAAGGACACUCAUAAACCCGGUGAAAUGCCAUAUAUUUGCCAGGUUUGCCAAUUUAGAUCGUCAAUAUUUUCUGAUGUAGAAACUCACUUUAGAUCAUCCCACGAAAACACUAAGAACUUGCUAUGUCCAUUUUGUCUCAAAGUUAGUAGAAUGGCAACCCCUUAUAUGAAUCAUUACAUGAAACAUCAGAAUAAAGGAAUUCAUCGUUGCCCAAAAUGCAGACUACAAUUUUUGACCUGCAAGGAAAAAACAGAUCAUAAGUUAGAACAUCGUACAUUUAUAAAGCCUAAAGAACUAGAAGGAUUGCCUCCUGGAACAAAAGUUACUAUUCGAGCUUCAUUUGGAUCUGUUCAGUCAAGAUCAUCAACCCCACCUCCUAGUCCUAUUCCAAGUACUUCUCUUCAAGUCUCAUCUCCAACGUCUAAAAGUACAACUACUAAAAAUAACACAAAAGUAUCUGCAAAUAAAAGUAAGAUAAGUAAGGCUCAGACAGUUUUAAGCACGACGAUAAGUAAACCCAAUGCAAGUAAAUCAGGUACAGGUGCAACUAAAUCCAAAGCCAAGCCAUCCUACAAGCAGAAGAAACAGCGCACCCGGAAAAACAAAUUCAGUAUAGCGUUGAAGAACUUGAGAUGUCACCAGGGAAUUCACACGUGUAUGGAGUGCCAUUCCAAAAUAAAAGAUUUUUCAAGCCACUUUUCCACAUACAAAAAUUGUGAUUUUUGCAAGUACAUCACUAACUGUAACAAAGCCUUUACAAAUCAUAUGAGCUCUCAUAGUGACCACCCAAGUAAACAGUUUUGUAUUUUUAAGAAGCAUUCAAGAGCAAUCAGGGGCAUCACUCUAGUGUGCCUUAAAUGUGACUUCCUAGCUGAUACUUCUGGCUUAGACCGUAUGGCUAAACACUUAAAUCAACGUAAAACUCAUACUUGCCAAGUUGUAAUAGAAAAUGUUACUGAAAGAACUUCUGAAUCCACUUCUGAAUGCAGAUGCAACACAGAAAUUUCAAAAAAUGUCCAGUGUACUCCUGGACAGUGUCCCCCUUCGAUGGACACAACUGAUGCCUGUUCUCUCUUUCCAAGGAAUGUGAAUUGUUUGACUGUGAGACCUGUUUCAGUUUGUGGCCUUGGGAAUUUAUCAGUUCUUAGGCACAGUCCUUUCCUACCUGACUGGCCUUACAUAAGGCUGAUGUUGAUUUGGCCAUCAGUGACUUCAAGGGCCACCAAAUUGAGCACAACUUCUCUCUGGGAGCUUUGGUUCUUAAGUUUAGGCUUAUGGAUUGAUUAUAACCAUGAAACUCCAUCAAGUAAGUGCUUUAACAUCCAAGUUCAAGUUUAAUCAUUCUGGCUGCAGCCUUUUAAUCUUCCUCUAGCAUGAAUGCAGUCUGAGGUAUAUGAAAAACCUGAUUGUGUAGGGAGUGAAGAUUACUUUCAUUUUCUUGGAAAAGCAAGCUUUGUGAAGUUCUAGCUCCAAAGUAAGUUAUUUACGUUGGUUGUCCUUUCAAGUUUUAGCCAGUAGUUCAAGAGUUCUCAGCAGUGCUAGGAUUUAAAUUCCUAAUUUUUAAAAAAUUAAAGUUUGAUAGCUUGAUUUUUGUCAUUCACCAAAUUUAUUGAUGUCUACUUUGUAUGUCUACUUUUGUGAUUUCUGAUUAAAUCUUUUGUUUUGUGUUUGUUAAAAAUGCCAAGAAAUUUCUUUAAUAUUUUCUUCAGAUUUCAUGCAGCUACCUGUUGGUAGUUUCUUUCUGUUUUUUUUCUUUUCUCUUGGUUUUGGUUUUGGUUUUUUGAGACACGGUCUCUAUUAUAUAGACCAGGCUAACCUUGAACUCACAGAUUUCCACCUGCCUCGGCCUCCUAGGUGCUGGAUUUAAAGGCAUUGUGGUACUUGUUCAGGUCAUCAGACAUUAAUAUAUGCUCUGUCUGUCUUGAGACUAUCAAUAACAUCUUAGGGGUCCGGAAUUCUAAGACAAGAGCAAACGCUCCCCUUACAAAUCUUAAAACACAUUUGAAGUUACAUUGCUAUUCACUUAGUAGUUGUCUUCUUAGCCAUUAAUGUAAUUCCUUUAGAUAAAGAUAAUAUAUUCAAAAAUAUUGGGACCAAAAAUGCACUUGUUUCUUGCCCACAUAUAUAUAGAGAAAGAUGUAUAUUUUUUUAUUUUGGUGUUUGUUUAUUUUGGUUACAUCGAAUAUAGAUUUUCUGAACAGUUUUGAUGUUGCUUAUUUUUUUAAUAAAAUUUGUAUUGUUAAA